AUGUCAACAUCCACUUCCAAGUGGUUGGUCUUUGCGGUUGCAAGUGGAGCUUGUGCCGCCUUGAAUGGUGUCUUCGCCAAACUCACUACAACACAGUUAACCACAGCAUGGGCUGAAUCUCUGUCUCACAUCUUUGGCUUAUCAGGUCCAAACAAGUUCUUUGAAUAUCUGGUUCGCGGUCUCUUCUUCGUCCUGAACCUCGUUUUCAAUGGAGUCAUGUGGGGUCUCUUUACGCGCGCCCUCACCCUCGCCUCGAGUACAACAAGAGUCAGUGUCAUCAACACAUCUGCAAACUUCAUGAUCACCGCCGUCCUGGGCGUCUUGAUCUUCUCCGAAUCUUUGCCUGGACUUUGGUUGCUUGGAGCUGCCAUGUUGGUUGCUGGAAGUGUUAUUAUUGGAAGAAGAGAAGAAGGAAAAGAGACAGGCGAUGCGGGUACUGCUGGUGCUGAACCGACUGUGCUUGCGGCAGACAGCUCAGAGACCACGCCAUUCCACGAUGAGCCAGAUGCGCCCCUGGAUGGAAGUGACCAAGAUGAAGCCUUCAAAGAUGCGCCCAGCACACACGAGUUGGAGAAUACGAACAAGGUCUGGUCAAGCUGA